AGUGAGCCGCGAGCAGAUAUCCCAAUCCUUGGCUGUCGGGAAUUCGCGAACAGCACUCGGUCGGCAACGAAUGAACUCGACCUAAUCUCGACUUUCGGUGAUAGAAUUUGUCGUCCCUUGCCAUUAGGUUCAAGAUAUCUUGCCAAUGCGAGUCGACAGUCGAAAUAUUCCCCAUGGCCUUAUCUCGUCGGCUCUCGAGACACGUCAAGUUGUUUCUCGGGAAUAGAAAAGACCAGAUCCCCUCGGCAGGGAGAAGGGGUUUUCUCCCAGAUCCCAUCACCUUGUCAAGUCAGCCGCCAUGGUCAAGUUCAGUGCCGAAACAAUCAAGGCUCCGUUUGAAAGCAAAGAGGCGUUCCUCAGAUUCGUCCGUACCGACUCCCCCGGAGGCGUGGUUUCGACACCAUGGAGCAACAAAGACCUGGAGCCAACUCCACCUGAGCACCGCCAUUGGAGAUGGUUCAAUUUACCCUUCUACUGGAUGACCACUGCGUUUGGAACGGCAGGGUGGAACCUGGCCGCCUCUUUGAUUGCCACCGGCCUGACAUGGCGGCAAUCGUUUGCGGCAUGCGCCCUCGGGGUCUUGAUUUCAGGGAUCGCGGUCGUCCUCGCCGCUCGCUGUGCCGCCGUGUACCACAUUGGAUACCCCGUCAUCGCCCGUUCCAUCUUUGGCCUCUACGGCAGCUUCUUCUUUGUCUUCUUCCGGGCCACUAUAGGCACCAUUUGGUAUGGCAUCAACACCUUUUAUGGCGCCAACCUCAUGUCAACCUGCCUGCUGUGUAUGUUCGGGCAUAAGUGGAAGAACUUCCCCAACCACCUACCCGAAUCAGCCUCGAUUACAUCCGCCCAGCUUCUAUGUUUUUUCCUCGUCUGGUUUAUCCAGGCCCCUUUCACGCUGAUUCACCCUCGCAACGCUCACUGGGUCUUUGUCGUCAAGGGCAGCGUGAUGCCUGUUGCUAUAUUUGGCCUCUUUGGAUGGUGCAUGGCGAAUGGGGCCGGGAUCUCCGCCAUUGGUAAUCCCCUGGCCAAACAGGCAGAUACACCGUUGGGUUGGGCGAUGCUAUCAGGCAUCAAUAGUGUUAUUGGCAUCUCGGCUGGGCUCUUGGUCAGUCAACCUGACAUGGCGAGGUACAGUGUCAAUCCACGAGCAGCUGGAAUUCCUCAAGGUUUCUUCCUUGCCAUUCCGAAGCUGCUAGUCCUCUUCCUGGGUCUAGCUUCGACGGCCUCUAUGCAAGGCAAAUGGGGCACUGCUUACUGGAAUAUCUGGGAUCUAAACAAUGCGAUCUUGGAACACAACUGGACUGCCGCUGCAAGAACUGCCGUCUUUCUCGAAUCACUAUGCUUUUUCUUCUCCACCGUCGGCACGAAUAUCGGUGCUAAUCUUAUACCCUUUUCCGCGGAUGUCGCUGGGCUUCUCCCUCGGUACAUCACCAUCGUCCGCGGCCAGGUUCUGUGCGCUCUCAUUGCAGUUGUGAUCUUGCCUUGGAAGCUCGUGGCUUCGGCGCAAGCAUUCCUGACUUUCUUGGGCGCCUACAACAUUUUCAUGGGCCCGAUUCUGGGGCUUAUGGCCGCCGACUACUUCAUUGUCCGAAAGGGCAACAUUCACAUCCCGUCGCUCUAUCAGCCGAUCAAAGGUACUCUAUACAUGUUCUACCAUGGCUUCAAUCUUCGCUCCCACCUCGCAUGGACUGGGGGUAUGCUGCUGGGUCUGCCAGGUCUUAUCGCCGCCUACCAGCCGAAUGCUGUGGGGGAGUCGGCCAAGCGUAUGUAUACAAUGGCUUGGAUCCUGACAACUGCCAUGACGGUCUUCCUGUACCUCGUCCUCUGCUAUAUCUUCCCGGUGCAGACAUAUCCCACCGCCUACAGUGAUGUUCCUGUCAAGUGGGAGUACCUGGGUGCCACGGAGGGCUAUUUCGACGGGGAAGAGAGACGCCCGACCGUCUUUGAUGAGCUCCACGGACUGCCCAUGCAGGAAGAGAAUAUCGAAAAGGAGGCCAUCACUAUUGACAUGGAGAAAAUUGUUGGUAGCAAGACGGAAGUAUAGGCCGAUGGGUGUGUCCCCGUUCCGGCUUCAGACAGAGAGAUGGGGAUGACAAGCGUGGUCCUCGGUUUCAGCUACCAAAAGAGACGCCUGGCGAUCAGGUGUCGACAGUCUCUUCAACUACAAGCACACCUUACCUAGACCGUCCUUUUCUGCUUUAAAUAGCUGCUAUAACGAAGACGACUUCGAU